AAUUCAGCGAGCAGACAGUUGCCGAGGCGUUCGGUGGCCGUCGUGGAUCCAGCUGUCAGCAUGUCUUUUCCUAAGGCGCCCCUGAAAAGAUUCAAUGACCCCUCGGGUUGUGCUCCAUCUCCAGGUGCUUAUGAUGUUAAAACUUCUGAAGUAUCUAAAGGACCAGUGUCUUUUCAGAAAUCACAAAGAUUUAAAAACCAAAGAGAAUCUCAACAAAAUCUUAAUGUUGACAAAGAUACUACCUUGCUUGCUUCAUCUAAAAAGGCAAAGACUUCGGUGUCAAAGAAGGACUCUCAGAAGAAUGAUAAAGAUUUGAAGAGAUUAGAAAAAGAGAUUCGUGUGCUUUUGCAGGAGCGAGGUGCUCAGGACAAACGAAUCCAGGAUAUGGAAUCUGAGUUGGAGAAGACAGAAGCAAAGCUGAGCGUAGCAGUCAGAGAGAAAACAUCUCUUUCUGCAAGUAAUGCUUCACUGGAAAAAAGGCUUAUUGAACUAACCAGAGCCAACGAGCUGCUAAAAUCUAAGUUUUCUGAAGAUGGUAACCAUAAGAAUAUGAGAACUCUAAGCCUGGAGUUGAUGAAACUUAGAAAUAAAAGAGAAACGAAGAUGAGGAGUAUGAUGGCUAAACAUGAAGGCAUGGAGCUGAAGCUGCAGGCCACACAGAAGGACCUUGAAGAAUCUCAGGGGAAAAUAGUCCAACUGGAGGGAAAACUAGUUUCCAUAGAGAAAGAAAAGACUGAUGAAAAAUCUGAAACAGAAAAACUCUUAGAAUACAUCGAAGAAAUUAGUUGUGCAUCUGAGCAAGUGGAAAAAUACAAACUUGAUAUUGCCCAGUUAGAAGAAGAUUUGAAAAAGAAGGACCACGAGAUUGUAAGUCUUCAGCGAUCUCUUGAGGAAACCCUCACAUUUUCUAAGCAAAUAGAAGACCUGACUGUUAAAUGUCAGCUGCUUGAAACGGAAAGAGACGAUCUUGUCAACAAGGACAGAGAAAGGGCUGAAAGUCUCAGUGCUGAGAUCCAGAUUGUAACAGAGAAGCUUGUUCUGGAAAAACAAGAAUAUGAAAAGCUGCAACAAAAAGAAUUGCAAAUUGAGUCACUUCUGCAACAAGAGAAGGAAUUGUCUGCUCGUCUUCAGCAGCAGCUCUGCUCUUUUCAAGAGGAAAUGGCUUCUGAGAAGAACGUCCUUAGAGAAGAGUUAAAGCUUGCCCUGGAGGAGCUGGAUGCGGUGCAGCAGAAGGAGGACCAGAGUGAAAGGCUGGUUAAACAGCUGGAGGAGGAGGCAAGGUCAACCGCUGAGCAACUAAAACGGCUGGACGAACUGCUGAGAGAGAAAGAAGUUGAGCUGGAGAAAACUAAUGCUGCUCACAUCCAUGACACCUUGACUUUACAGGAGAGGUAUAAUGAUACAGUGCAAGAUCUUAGAGACAUUACUGCUCAAUUGGAAAGCUAUAAAGCAUCAACACUUAAAGAAAUAGAAGAUCUUAAGCUGGAGAAAUUGACUCUACAAGAAAAAGUAGCCAUGGCUGAAAAAGGUGUAGAAGAUGUUCAACACCAGCUAUUGACAGCUGAGAGCACAAAUCAAGAAUAUGCAAGGAUGCUUCUAGAUCUGCAGAACAGAUCAACAUUGAAAGAAGCAGAAAUUAAAGAAAUCACAUCUUCGUCUCUUAAGAAAAUAACUGAUUUGCAAAAUCAACUCAGACAACAGGAUGAAGAUUUUAAGAAGCAACUUGAAGAGGAGGAAGCGAGAAAAGCAGAGAAAGAAAAUGCAGUGACAGAAUUAACUGUGGAAAGUAACAAGUGGCGUCUCCUUUACGAAGAGCUGUAUAACAAGACUAAACCUUUUCAGCAACAACUGGAUGCAUUUGAAGCAGAGAAGCAGGCAUUGUUGAAUGAACAUGGUGCAACUCAGGAACAGCUAAAUAAAAUCAGAGAUUCAUAUGCUGAGCUGCUGGGUCACCAGAACCUAAAGCAAAAAAUCAAGCAUGUUGUGAAAUUGAAAGAUGAAAAUAGCCAACUCAAAUCGGAGGUAUCAAAACUCCGAUCUCAGCUUGUUAAAAGGAAACAAAAUGAGCUCAGACUUCAGGGAGAAUUGAAUAAAGCUCUGGGCAUCAAACACUUCGACCCUUCCAAGGCUUUUCAGCAUGAAUGUAAAGAGAAUUUUGUCCCCAAAACCCCAUUAAAAGAAGGCAACACAAACUGCUGCUGAAUUCUGAUGCAACAUCAAGGAUCAUGGAAGUAUAUGUCUGAAAUACCUGUUGAAGAUUAUUUUCUUCAUUAUUCCUGAUAUUAUGUUUAUAGUAUAUAUUAUAUAAUAUAUUCAAUUUCUACUGCCUAUUCUUAGGUAUAUGAAAGGACAUUCAGCAUUUGUUAUGGAAAUGUCUUUUGACAUUUUAUUUUCAUUAUGUAUCUCCUUAAUCUUUACCUUUAUCAUCUCGUUCUGAACCACCUUAUUUGCUUUCCAGCUUACAUUGAACUACCAUAAAAAUCAACAUUUUUUUUUUAAAGAUCAGUAUUAAAAAUUUCCCCCUCUUCCCCCAAUGUUUUUAGCUUGAUUUUAGAGUUCUUUGAAUUCUGAUGAAGAGUGGAAAGGCUCAAGCACUUUGCCUUGCUCCUGCGUCUGCUGUGAUUGGCUCAUCAUGCUCAUUCUGGUCUCCUUGUCACUUCCCAUAGGAAUAAGAGCACCUUUAACUCAGUAAAAGUAACCUUGUGUUUUUAAAUCAAAGUCACUGGGUUAUUUAAUCGUUUCCAGAUUCCUUGGCUGUACCCCAGUUCUAGUUCUAAACUAAAACAUGUAUCUUGGCCUAUAAACCUACAUUUUUUAAAGAUUAGUCUGUUAAUUUUUAGAUAGAAUGGAAAUAAUUUUUUUUGUUUGUUUUUUGUUUUUGUUUUUGUUUUUUUGUCUGAGACAGGGUUUCACUGUGCAGCUCUGGCUGUCCUGGAACUCACUCUGUAAAUGAGGCUGGCCUUGAACUCAGAGAUCCACCUGCCUCUGCCUUCCAAUUGCUAGGAUUAAAGGCAAAGUACCCCAUGCCCAGGCUCAAGGAAAUCUGAAAAACUGUACAUACUAGACUUUUAGAGAAUGUGUCACCUGCAUGUUCUCUGAAUGUGUGUGUAAUAUAGAAUAAAGUCAUGGAAACUCAUAACACCCA